CAGUAUUUGCUUCCUGGACUUUUAUUUUGACCAGGGGAUUUUUUUUGUAUCGCUUCCUGUGGAGGCGUCACUCCUCGUCCCACACUGCAUGAGGAAAGCGUGGUGUGCAGUGGGCAGACUUUUCUACUUUGUACAUACAUUAUUUUGUAUAUACCGUUUAUGAUGACUUCGGUGGUUGCUGACGGCGCCCGAGGAAGUCGGGACAAGAUGCAGCAACAGACCUCUCACACCUCACAGCCGCAGAAACAGAUUCAGGCCACAGCAGAACAGAUUCGUCUGGCUCAGAUGAUCGACAAAAAUGAUGCAGAUUUCGAAGGGAAGGUCAAACAGCUCAUCGAGGUCACAGGCCGAAAUCAGGACGAGUGCAUGGUGGCUCUUCACGAUUGCAACGGGGACGUCAACCGGGCCAUCAACUUCCUGUUGGAAGAGGUUCCUGCCAAGGACUCCUGGGAAACGGUGGGGAAGAAGAAAAGUGUCGGUAAAGAAGGUGUGCCAGCAGAGACAAAAGAACGAAGGGUCGACAAGGAGGGCAGGGGCCGCGGUGGUCCGAACAGACGCGGCCGUGGAGCCAUCCGCACCCAGGAAGGCCGCGCUGAGGAGAACGGGUUUGACUCGACACCAGGAGAAAGAGGAGAUCGCGGGCGUCGGGGAAGAGGGAGAGGUGUAGGGGGGCGAGGAAGAGGCCGAGCAGAUGGUGUGAACAGGUUCUCUCAGGGAAUUGGGACGUUUUACUCUCCUGAAUACACCGGCUCUGCUGAUCCUGGAGAGACGGCCAACGACACUACUGAUGGAGCAGGAAACUGGAGAAACAACUUGGAAGACUGGGCUGCAGAAGACUGGAAUGAGGACCUUUCUGAGACCAAAGUGUUCACUGCCUCCUUUGCACUUGCUUCCCAGAACCACAUAACACCUGGACAGGGGGACGAUCUGAGUUCUCUGUUGCCAAAGGGGGCAGAGGUGGACUCUGAUCUGGCCGGGUUGGAGCAGUCAUCCAGUGAACCGCUCACACAGAGCCUGGUGUUUACCAACUCCCAACAACAAAACCCGGCCCGCACACACACACACAGCUACGCCUCAGCCGCUGCCAACAGCUAUGCUUCUGCUGCUGCUGGCACCUAUGCCCACGCUGCCUCGUCAUUGGGCUCCAGACCACCUCAGCCUGAUGUACAGAAAACUGACCCAGUCAGUGUCCCUCGUAUUGCUUCUCUGUCCAGUCAGGUGCCAGUCACUCUGAACAAUGGUGGCCUCGUUGGAGAAUCCAGCUCUCCUCCCCCUGUUGUACCUGCGCCCUUAUCUUUGAUUGAACCCAAAGCUGAGAGCCCUGUUACAGUGACUUACGUGGAUCUGAAGGCCCAGCCUGACCCCUCCCCCAUCCUCAGUCAGCUGACCCAGCAACAGUCCUCCACACACCUUUCGGACCUGCCGGCUCAGGGCCGAAACCCCUCUCCCUCUUUGCCCCUUCAAGACACCAGUUCAACUGUGUUGAAACCCCUCGGAGAGACCACUGUCUCCACCAUUGCAGAAUCCCACCAGCCCAAACAACUCAGACCCCAGAGACGCAGAAUGCCUCCUCCAUCCAAAAUACCGUCUUCUGCAGUGGAGAUGCCAGGUUCUGCUGAUGUGUCUGGGUUGAAUGUACAGUUUGGUGCCCUAGAUUUUGCUUCUGAGGCUGCUGUAGAAAGCACUGGUCAAUUGGACAUAAGCAGCCAGGAGCCUGCUCCUCCUGUUGUCCAAACUCAGAGCAACCUGUACCCCAAGACGAGCACUGUCAGUGAACCAGUGGCUGGUCUUCCUCCUGCCUUACCUACAGCAACAAUGGAGCCUAGAUAUACCUCUUCCUCUCUGGGUUUACCCACAGCUCCUGCACCUUCUAUUUCCUCAAGAGUAGAAUCUUCCAGUCUGAACAAGGAGCCCAUCACCAACACUUCUGUCACCUCUAUGACUAAUGGGUUCAGUGAGGUACGGGCCUCCGGUACACAAGAUGCUGUCCUUUUGAGCACUCCACAGUCCAUGUCCACAGCACUGUCUUCUGAGAACGACAUGGUUGCUUCAUCCUUACCAUCAUCCUCCUCAUCUGCACCAGCCCCAGCACCCAGCACCGCUCUUCCCUCCCUCAGCAGUCAUGUUAGCAGUGGAAUGACAUUAGGAUCUGCUGCACCUGCCACUACUGGCCUCAAUGUGGCCAGCGAUGUCAGUGUGAGUCUGUCUGCUUUCUCAAGCUCAGUUCUCACCUCAAAUGGCCUGAGCAACUGUGUGCCAGGCCUGUCUACCAACGGCCCCUCCGCUCCGUCCACAGGGCGUUCCGCACCGCUGCAGACUACCACUACCACCUCCAGCAAAGCACCACCCAACCUGGCUCAAGGUGUUCCUCCACUGUUAGCUAAUCAGUACAUCAUGGGACCUAGUGGACUGCUUCCUGCCUAUCCCCAGAUCUACGGCUACGAAGACUUGCAGAUGAUGCAGUCUCGACUACCUAUUGAUUAUUAUGGACUGACUGCUUUCCCUGGCGCAACAACCCUUUCUGCCAGAGAUGGAGGAUUAGCGAACAACCCUUACACAGGUGACGUUACCAAAUUUGCCCGUGGUGAUGCACCCUCCCCCGCACCAAACACCAGUCUCUCGUCAGUUGCACCCUCGCAGUCUGAGCCUGGCACGGUCCCGCCUCAAACACAGGCACCACAGAACCCUGGCCAGGCCUACAUGAAUCCCCCUCUGCCCCCUGGCUAUGGCUAUACCAGCCUGCCCUACUAUGCAGGCAUGCCAGGUAUGCCCAGUGCCUUCCAGUAUGGCCCCACUGUCUUCAUGCCACCUGCCUCAGCCAAGCAGCAUGCACAGUACCAGCACCAGGCUGGUUAUGGUGGACACACCUAUGCUGCAGGUUUUGAUGACCUGUCUCAAGCUCACGCAGGAGGAGAUUAUGGGAAAGGAUAUGGCAGCAGCUCACAGUCACAAGCCAAGCCGAGCAACAACACAGGAAAAGCACCUGGAUUAUCGGGCUCUGCCAACUCCGAUCUUGGUGCAGCUGUUUACAGCAAGACGCAGUCAUUUGAUAAACAGGGUUUUCCCACGGCAACCCCAGCAACGUUCAGCCUUCCCUCUGCUUUGGGAGGCACUGGACCCCUGAACCCUGGAGGAGCCCCUGGCUAUGCCCCUGCACCUUUUCUCCACAUCAUGCCUCAUCAGCAGCCUCCUUCUCAGCUUUUACACCACCACAUGGCCCAGGACUCUCAGGCUCAGCGCAGUCAGUCCAGCAACAUGCAGAAGAGCCAAGGCAAGUCCAACUACAGCAGCUCCCCCUACUGGGCAAACUAAUUACAUACUGGAAAGCAGUCCAAAAUCUCAUUCUUCAGUCCUGCUGCUGGCUUGAUAAACAUAUAUAUAUAUAUAUGCAAACAUAUAUAUACACACAGACACACAAUCUCUCCUGGACCCUCCCCCCCCUCCUCUAAAGUUUUCCUCUACCUAUUUCUUUUGUUUUUGGUUUUUUUUUUUUCCUUCUCCAAAUUUUUUUUUCAUGUAAGAUAUUAAUGUAAGUAUUUAUAUAUACUGUAAAUGUUAAAGCCGAACAUUAGUUGUGGUCGCGCCAUUUUAUUUUUUUUGAAGGAUAUUUGCUUUUGUUUACUUUUUAAAAACUGCAAAGAUGUGGCGAGAACGGAAAACUUUUGAGGACGCUGGGGACAAAAACGACUUUGCGACGAGAGCAUGAGUUGUGCAAGAUGAGGAAGAGAAGGCGGCUAAAGAUGGAGGGUUGGAUUUCAGGGGAGGUUCAUUUUAAGGAAAUUAAAGCAUUAAAUGCUUGCCUUGUUACACAGUGGGCUAUGCCACAGUUAGAGAAAAUGUUUGCUGAUUGCUGUUCUCCUUUCCACUGGCUCAAACACACAAAGACCCACAAGUUUUAUAUUGAACUCCUGUUGCCCUCUAAAUAAAGGUUCUGAGCUAUUCA